CUACCCUUCAACCGUAUAAAGAGCCCACAAGACGUUUGGGUGAUCUGUGUGCACCGUUUUGUGUUUUCUGCUCUUCCACUUAUUUGAUACUCUUGUGAGGUAUAAAAAGGCGUGUAACAUUCCCAUUUCGUCCUGUCGACUAUUUGAGACGCACAUUAGCCAAAACAGUACGAAGAAGAGGGUUUUGACGAGAUGAAAAUUGCCUUUAUCCACCCAGACUUGGGAAUCGGUGGUGCUGAAAGACUCAUUGUUGAUGCUGCCGUUGGUCUUCAAGAAGAAGGGCACAAGGUGAAAAUAUUCACAUCGCAUUGUGAUAAGACACACUGUUUUGAAGAAAUCUCUAAAGAUGAGGUGAAAGCUCAAGUGUACGGGGACUUCUUGCCAACCUCGUUCUGCGGCAGAUUCAAGAUCGUGUUUGCCUCGUUGAGACAGCUGUUCCUGUUGAUGAUGCUAGUUAUCAAUGGUGAAAUCUCCGAGUACGACUUCUUUAUUGUGGAUCAGCUGAGUUUCUGUUUACCUCUGCUACACAUGUUCCACGACUCACGUGCAAGAAUCAUGUUCUAUUGUCAUUUUCCGGAUCAGAAACUCGCAAGACACGACUCUCUCUUGAGAAAAUUGUACCGUUUACCUUUUGAUCUGUAUGAACAAUUCUCUAUGAGUGCUGCUGAUGCCGUUGUUGUUAACUCAAACUUCACGAAAUCGGUGUACGAUGAUACGUUCUCCUUCUUGAAAGAUGUUAAACCCCCAGGGACAAUUUACCCCUGUGUCGAUCUCACAGAACCAGAGUUCAAUCAAGAAGUUAAAACUCUUCAUAAGAACGUUAUGGGAGAUGAUAAGUUCGUCCUGAGUGUUAACAGAUUCGAAGUUAAGAAGAACGUUGAAUUGGCUAUUGAAUCAUAUGCAAAGUUCGCAAUGGGUACAGAGCAGAAAGGUGUCAAAUUGGUCAUUGCAGGAGGCUACGAUAAUCUCGUCGAAGAGAACAAGACAUAUUUGGUUCAUUUGGAGAAACUCGUUGAGCAAUCGGGGUUGAAAUUUUACACGCUGUUUCAAAAGACGUAUUCAGAACUAGUGGAGGAACCGGUUGAUGUUGAAUACGAUGUGCUAUUCUUACCCUCAGUUCCAUCAAAUUACAAGGACUAUUUAUUAUCCAAAGCGGAACUGUUGUUGUACACGCCAUCUCUGGAGCACUUUGGAAUUGUGCCACUUGAAGCCAUGAAACUAGGCACACCAGUCUUGGCUGUCAACAACGGUGGUCCAACAGAGACCGUUGUCCCAUUGGACAAACCUCCGGAACUCGGUACUGGUUGGCUAGAACCAAGUGAUUCCGAUGUUUGGAGUAAGAGAAUUGGAGAAUCGUUAAGCCUCAACAAGGCCAAAGUCUCGCAGAAUGGUAUGGAGAGGGUCAAGUCCAAGUUCUCCAGAAAAGUGAUGACCCAGGAGAUUGAAAAGACCAUGCUGAGACUCUUCAAGUCCAGAUACCAGAGAUACUCGUGGGAAAACCUGAUGAUGCUGUGGAAGCUGCCGGUUUUCUUCAUCUUGAGAAAGUACUACGAGCUACCUGCGCUCUACGUAUGGAUCCUAGGUGCCAUCACUUUCCUCCCACCCAGCAUCUUCCAGCUGAUUGCCAUCUUUGCCGUUACAUGCGUCUACUACGCGGAGCCACAUUGGUUUGAGUUCUUUGAUUGAAUCCGUUUUAGAGUUCAGAUGGACACCUGAACACCCACCAUCAUUGUUUAAUUACGUAAUCCUCAAAUACAUUUCCUGGUAAGCGC